GUGCAGCAUGUUCUAAUUCAAUUUAUUGUGCCUGUCUACUCAGAAGCAAGUUCUGUAACCUAACUGGGACUUAAUCCCAGAAAUGUGCUACAUAGAAUAAUAGAAUUGUAGAGUUGGAAGGCAGAAAUCUCAACAUGACAGCUGGCCACUCAACCUCAACAUCUGUUGCUUUGUGCUACUACUGCUGUUUGUGUUAUGCUUUGUUUUUAAAAUGCUAUCUUCCCUGCAGCCCAGCAUCUACCUACCUAAGAGCAUCUCAGCGGAACCUCCUUCGGAGUAGACAAACAUCCUGAGUUUGCAUAACACCUCCGCUCCAUCUUCCAAAUUGCAGGCUGGAGUUUUCCCCCCCUCCCUUAGGCAGCACCUCCCCAGCAGGUGUGUAUCUCUGUUUAGAAUUCAGACUACACAGAGGAGUCCCAAUGUGAAACUUCAAAGCUUGCUCACCACUUUGUGGCAUUCCUUAGUUAAAGCACCAGUUUUGCCUGCUGCUUUCAUCUUUAUCUGUGCAUUUAUGUCUCUGUCUCUCUCUCUGUGCAUAUUUAUCUAUAGUGUUUGUGUAUACAUGAAUGCGUGUGCUAUAUAGUGCACGCAUUGCAAAUAUGUCUGAUCGACUGGGCCGGGGUGGAACCAACCAACCAACCAACCAACCAACCCAGACACCAAAUCACUUUGAUCUGGUUUGGGGUUUGUUUUUUUUAAAGGAACCGUAAUAGACAUAUGGUUUCAGUGAUCUUAGUGCAUCUUAAAGUGGUCUGGAGUGCUGCUUGAUGCUUUUAAAACACCGUAUGGGAGGGGACUGUAUGUGAGUGUGUGUGUCUGAACGUGUAGAUCAUCCUGGUCAGGACUGGAACCUUUGACCGAGACAUACAAACACACCACCUUCCUUGAGGACGCCCGGACACCUCACAACCUUCUUUUCUCCUCACCAGUUAACGGUCCGGCAUGUCACGCGGGGGCGGGGCCGAACGCGCGAGCGGCAGUAGGCCACGCGGUUGCCGCGGCGGCUGAUUGGGCGGCUUGUGGCCGGCUGGCGAUUGGGAAGCCGGCGUGUGACUUUUCCGCGGAGGCUCCGCCCCCUUAUCUCCCCGCUGCCGGGGCGGGUUUAUAAGCCGGGAGGCCAGCCGGCCGGCGGGUGGGCUUGAGCGAGUUUAGGCUGCUGAGGUGAGUUGGCGAAGGGCGGGGUGCGGCGGGUGGGAGGCAGCGGUUGCUCGUGCGGCACGGAAACAGAUGCCGCCGCCUCCGCGUGUGUGAGGCGGCGGUGUGAGGGAAAGGAAGGCAGUACAUGGGGCGGCGUAUCCCGGGGGCUGGUGGCGUUUGUGGUCGGGAACGCCGUGGGGAAGGGAAGGAGCGACUCGCGCCUCCGUGAGCGGAGAAGAUAACUCGACGUCACUUAUUACCCCCUCCUUUUAUCCAUAGUUGGAUGUAGCCCAUAAUUACAGCCUCCUCUUUUCCCACCCUCCCUUCCCGACAGCGGACAGAAUUCCCCGGUGUUUUUCCUCUCGUGGAACAAAACGCCGCACAAAACCCCUCCAGUGGUGCAGGUUGUGUCGCCGCGUCGCCGCCCUGCUUGCUCCCCUUCCCUGCCAGGCAAGCUGCGCCUUGUUCUCUGGACGCCCUUUCAGGGGAGGGAGCUUUGAGGCCUCGGUCCUGCGCGCACUUGCUUGCCUGGGAAUAAGCGCACGUGUGAAUGUGGUAUUAAUUGCCCUAGUGAGCGUGCUGGGGGGCGGCUGCAAUAUCAUUCGCCCCUCACUGAAAGUAGCGAGACGGGCUUCGAACAGAACGGCGACGUGCCGCCAAAUUGUUUCAUUCGCUGCUCUGUGUGAUGCCCUCGAAUCUUCUGACGAAGGACGACUUAAGCAGAGUGCCUCGACAUGGCUGGGUUUCUUUUAACCUUAAGCGCUCGACUGCCCUUGCAUUUUCAGUAAGGAAUGAGGAAAUGUCUUGCUCACCUGCUUCCCAACUGCCAAUUUGUUCGUAAUGGGUAACCUAGCAUCUUUCUCAAAUUGUGUUUGAUGCAGGUGUGAACUCCCCCCCCCCCACACACACUGCAACUGACCCACAGGGCUUCCCCUCUGGAAGUAAUUUUUUUCUGCCGGUACAUAGGUGAAUUAACCAAUUAGAAAUACAUAAUGAAAGUCUUGUGUUCUUCCUGAAAAGACAUUUAGCUUCUGCUAGCUUCUGUCUCCAGCGUGAGGAAUUGCUGAUGCCUUAUUUGUGACCCUGUUUCUAGUGCAGGUGGGGAGGGCUAAAGCCUCCAGUAGGUUUGUUGGUUUGUUUGUUUGUUUGCUUGCUUGUUUAGGAAAGUGGCAUAUAGAUUUGAUUUUCUAGUUGGUACAUGCAUGCAAAGAGUUUAGGAUGGUGAUUAGUAUUAGCUGGCAUCUUACUGGAAUAGGGAAUAAGGGAAAGAAGGGAGAGACUCCCCUUCUUCAGGAAUCUUAUUGAUCCAAAUGCUGGUAGGUCUGCAGCUGUUUAAAACAGUCCCCGCCCCCAUCUAGAAUAGAUUAUGGUUGAGGAUGUUAAAGUGCUCUCAAUUGUAAGGUUAUCUGAACAGAGAAAUAGUGGUUUCUGGAUGCCUCUCCUGUUCCCUAAUGGUACAUGUUCCACAAAAGGCACAUUCGAUGCUCACUGUGUAGAUGAGAAACUUAAUAGUAACUGGAUGCUGAAGUUGCAGCUGUGAGGGAAAAGCUAAACAGUACCAGUUUCUUUGCAGCCCUAGCUGUUUCAAUGGUGCAGCUUUCACAGUCCCCGCUUUGCCACACUUCGCCUUCAUGCCACUCUGAGGAAGCAGAGGAGAAGAGCAUGAAACCCGCCAAGCAGCAGGUGACUCAGGGCCCUCAUGGGGACAAUCAGCCUCCUUUGAGCCCCCUGCAGGCAGCUUUGAGUUCUGCUGCAACGGCUUCCCAGGCGUAUGAGACUUACAUUGAUAAUGGACUUAUCUGCAUGAAACACAAGAUCAGGAACAUUGAGAAAAAGAAGGUAUGUAUCUCUCCUAGAUUAGAGAAAUGGUACCAAAGGAAACUGCUGUGUUUGUUCAUUCACUCUUUCUUGCCAUUGUCUAUUGGACUGUAAGCUCUUUGAGGUGAAAGGCCCAUAUUUGUUUAUGGAAGUGUGAAACGCUGUGUAACUAAAUUGAUUUCACUUAAGAUAACUUGCCAGCCUUCAAAAUUAGAUUAAUAAAAUAUAAUGGCUAGAGUUUAUGACUAGAGAGAAAUAAGAACUUUCUGCUGUGGCAUGUAAUUUGCAUGAGCCGUCAGUAUUGAGUUGGUUCAGGUGGCAUGAGAAACUAUUGUUACUAUGAUGAGAACAAGUUUUAGGUUCAUGUGUUCCCUGUGUGGCUACAAUGGCAAAAUCCCACAUCUUUUACUUGCACUUUUCAAUUACAAUUUUGCCAGUGUGGUAUUCUGCCUUCCAAACUAGCCCACUAAGUCCUAAAGGUUGGAUGCUGCUUUGUGUGUAGUGUAGAGUGCAUGCCAAAAUUAAACUGCCUACUGAAUUUUGAUGCAGUCUGUCACUGCUGUCAGUAUAUAAAGAUAGUUACAGGUAGGUAGCCGUGUUUGUCUGCCGUAGUCAAAACAAAAUAAAAAAAAUUCCUUUCACUAGCACCUGGGCGACCAACUAAGUUUGUUAUUGAUAUGAGCUUUCGUGUGCAUGCACACUCUGAAGAAUUGCGCAUGCACACGAAAGCUCAUACCAAUAACAAACUUACCUGGUUUCUAAGGUGCUAAUGGAAGUAUAUAAAGAAACCUACAUGACUAGUAGUAGUUUCAUGCUUAAUUAGCCAGUCUUAAUCCAGCAGGUGGGACGCGGGUGGUGCUGUGGGUAAAACCUCAGUGCCUAGGACUUGCUGAUUGUAUGGUCGGCGGUUCGAAUCCCCGUGGCGGGGUGAGCUCCCGUUGUUCGGUCCCAGCUUUUGCCCACCUAGCAGUUCGAAAGCUCCCCUAAAUGCAAGUAGAUAAAUAGGGACCACUUUAUAGCGGGAAGGUAAACGGCGUUUCCGUGUGCGGCACUGGUGCUGGCUCACCAGUGCAGCUUUGUCACACUGGCCACGUGACCCGGAAGUGUCUUCGGACGGCGCCGGCUCCCGGCCUCUUGAGUGAGAUGAGCGCACAACCCUAGAGUCGGUCACGACUGGCCCGUACGGGCAGGGGUACCUUUACCUUACCUAAUCCAGCAGGAAGGUGGCUUUGCCAUCCAGCUGCAGUAGUUAUCAGAGCUUGAAUGUCAUAGAAAGGCUGUUAUGAACCUAACAUUCACCUUAUGCAACUGUAACUAGAUAUAUUGCCAGUGGUACUAUCUUGACAGUGGUUCCAAUAUUAUAAAAUUCUUGUGCAUUGAAACUCUGUAUUGCCAUCACCUUUAUAGAACUUGUCCCUGAGCUACAGCAACCUUCGCCAUUCAUAUGAAUAUAUAGUGUACCUCUUGCUUAAACUAACUGCGAAAAUCUAAUGUUAAAUGUCUGCCAAAGAGGUCUACUUUAUUGUUGUUUUGAUGUGCAUUUUAUUGUAUUUAAUGCUAUAAAUGCAUGGUAGCAUGUGUAGGCAUCCAUGUUAUUCAGACUUUAAUCAUAGGCCAGACUUGAAUAAGUUGGUUAUACAUGGUCUAAUCCUGUACCUGCUCAAUACAUGUUUUCAGCUCAAACUAGAAGACUACAGAGAUCGUCUGAAAAAGGGGGAACCCCUCAAUCAGGAUCAGUUGGUAAGCUUUCUGUUCUUGUAUCUCAGAUUGCUGCAAACAUUUGCAGCAAUGAAUUCAGCAGCUCAUGACAGACUUCUGAGAUGCUCCUUCAUGCCUAGGCAAAAUACAUUGACCUAAAUCUUAACAAAGAGUUAUUGCACAUUGAUUUCAGUGGUGCCAGUCAAGCUGAGGUCUUGUGUCGUGUCUAGGCCCUAUUGAAGCUAUGGGAAUAGAGCUACAGGACCUACCUUUAAGCAGUCCUCUGGGCCAAACAUGGCCGGGAAAGUAUGUAGAAAAUAGAUAGGAAAGCAAACUACUAAAAUCUUAAAAUUGUUCUCAGCUAAGGUCUGUAAGCUGCUCCAGAAUGAUCAAACAUAAUUAACUUUUUUGCUGAGAAUAGUAGAUCUAUCUUCAUCCUGACUCAUGCUGUUGGCUCCUUUUGACUCAGGCUCUUGGCUCUUUUUACAGUGGUUGGAUAGAAAAGGUAUUUUAAGUUCCAGUAAUAGUAACUGUGAUGCUGCAUUUUCCCAUUCUUAUACAGGAUUGAUUAUGAACUGAGGCAGCAGGAAAGCCAUGAACUUUGAAUUUUACGUGUUUGAGUAUUGUGUGUGAGCAUUAACAAAAAUAUAAUACUGCGCAGAGAAACAAUAACUUUUAUUCUUUUACGGAGGAUGGCUUGGGCUUUACACACAAAAUCUCUUCAAUAGUUCUCUUUGCUGCCUCCUCCCUUCCCCACUGCCAUUGCCAGAUUAUUCUGAUACAGCAAAAUACAAUUUAUUGGUUGACAACUAGUAGACUUUUUGGAUUAGAAUUCUAAGGUAUAUGAGCAUAUGUUGUUAAAUGUCAUGAUCUUCAUGACACCAUAGUGGAUGAAUGGUUGGGAAAUUGAUGCUACGAAGGGGCUAUUGGUACACCAAGUGUUCAGACUGGUUCCAUCAUUUUGAUGGAGAUAGAAGAUAGUGCUGCUUAUGGCAUGUGAUAUUUGAUAAUACUGCUUUGGCAGGGGAAGUGCUGUCUAAUUGCCAUUUACCAAAUUGUAUAGAUGCAGUUUGGGCCACAGCUUGUUAGAGGUCAAAUAACUGCCGGAUCUGUGGUCAAGGUAAGCACUGAGCAUCUUGAGUUGGAGAUGUGGCCUUUGUUAACCCAUUUUCCAUGGUGUAACCCUGAAUUAUGAAUAACUGCUGAAGGGAAGUAUAGCUACUUAAACACUCCAGCCAUAGUUGUUAAGCAAUAAAUUUGUGAGCUUUAUGAUGGUGAUUUCUUCCUGGUUUAGUGAGCUGAGUCCUUCACAUGUAAACAUGAUAAUUGUUAGCAUAGCACUACUCAGUUUGCUCAAGAUCACUGAUAGGGAACCCCAUCCCUGACUAUUAGCCAUGCUAGCUGGGGUUGAUGGGAGUUGCUGCAACAUCAUCUGGAAGAGCAACUAGUCCUUUAUAUAAGAAGAGAUAGAAGAGUGUAUAAGAAGAGAGGCAUAACUAUUUUUAAUGUUGUAUUUUACAUUGUUGUGACCUGCCUUGGGGCCUCAUGGUGUGAGACGGGAUAAUAAGGAUAAUAAUAAUAAUAAUUAAUAAUAAUGUAGCAUUCUUUAAAUUAUAGCUGCUUUUGUAAGUAGUAAAAUAAUAAAAUGACAGAUUUAUAGCAGCCUUCAUUGUAUGUAUCUUCUAAAAAAUUCAUCAUUGGUUUUAACUGUAUAACCUGUACAUGGCAGAAAACUCCAUAAUUAAAAUUCUGUUUAAGUCACCUUAUAAUUUAGCCAUAGUGGCUGUUGCUCACACUGCUCCUCAGGUCUUAGCACCUUAUGACUAUCAGAAGUUGAGAUGUUACUGGAAGCUUUGUGUACAUUAAAGGACAGUCUUCUUAAAACAUCUGCGCUUCAUAAUUCUAGGCACUUUAUACAUGAUGAUGAAUAAUAAUAAUAAUGUGUGGCUGAUUACAGGAAGCUGUUGAAAAAUAUGAUGAAGUGAUCCAUAACUUGGAGUUUGCUAAAGACCUUCAGAAGACAUUUUCUGGGCUUAGUCAAGAUGUAAGUAGAUUGAAUUAUUGACUAGAAAUGGGUCGGUGUGGCUUAGGAUCCACUUUGUGAGGGGAGGCGGGCUUUGUUCAGGUUCUCUUUAUCCUUCCCCCAUCCCCACUUGUCUGAGAAUCUGGAGUUGGGUCUCUACUCUUGUAUGUCCGGUGCCUUCUUGCAUAUCGGUGCCAAAAAUAUUGAUAUGGAGUACUCCUGUUCUACCCCACCCCUGUCAUUCCAUCCUACCCUGAUAUGAAACACUACCCAGAAACUUAAGCUUUGAACAUUUGUUGUAUGAUAAGUGGAAUGAUUGUAGAAGUUGAAAGGUGUUGUUAGAGACUUGAGGAAAAAUCUUUAGCACCUUCAUUUAGGAAGAUGACUUAGGUAAGACUUUGGAUUGACUUCUCUGAGCUACAGUCCAGCUGCUGGUUGGAUCUGUCAGGAACUUGUGUAAUAUGCCUGUUUUGUUUUUAUAUUAAUACAGCUUCUGAAAGCACAGAGGAAAGCACAGAGAAGGGAGAGUAUAAUGAAGCUUGAAGCAGAGAAGAAGAAACUCCGCACAGUACUGCAGGUCCAGUAUGUGUUGCAGAGUUUCACUCAAGAGCACGUGCAGAAAGACUUCAAAUGUGGCUUGAAUGGCGCAAUAUUUUUGUCUUCUAAAGAACUAGACUACCUCAUUAAUUUUGCAAAAUUGACCUGCUCAGGAAGAAAUGAAGGCGUGAGGUAAGUAAAUGUGUCCUUACUUAAAUUGCAAAGCGAAUCUGUGCUAGCAUUUGGACGUUUAGCUUUAUUAGAAGUGUAGUUUUGAAACAUUAUGAGUUUUCCGCAUAGGAGGCCCCUUCAGGAUAGCUCUUUGGAUGAGCUGCCUCCAGCCUCCUUGCUGCUGGUGCUUUGUUUCCUCCUUGCUGCAGUCAUUUUCUUACUGCAGAGAGAGCGAGGUUAGCAGGUUUUUGCCUGCAAAGUGAGGGGGCACCCACUGUUAAGGGAGCAGUUGUUUGUCGCUUAAGAUAGUGGUGGGAAUUGGAUCUAACAGUGACAAGCAGUUUCUUCUUUUUGCUGCUGUUGCUUCAUUGUUCCUUUACAUAUGAUGGGGCAAGAAUGGCAGGAGCCAAUCAACUCCUGGUAGUGGAUCCCUUCUAAGUCACAGCAUGUCAACAAGUGCCCAGCCAUCCUGGUGCUCAGUGCUUGGCAUAGUUUGUUUUACAGAACUUUGUGUUUAGUAAUAUAUAUAUUAUUCCUUUGGGCAGCCUUUUUAAACCUGGAGUGGUUGUAGUCUACCAGGUGGUGGUAGUCUACAGUUCUCAUCAGCCCCAGUCAACAUGAUUGAUGAUGAGAGUUGUUGUCUAGCAAGGGCACCAGGUUGGGGAAAGCUGCCUUAGGGUUACAAGGCUGAUAAAGCUGGCUUUGUGGCUUUCACAUGUUUGUUUAUCCCCAAAAAAGACUGGGAUAAACAUAAAACUCUUCAAGCAAAUACUACUCAGGGGACAACUUACAGAAUUGUCUGAACAACUAAUGGAGCACCAUAAUAUGUAUUCUGAGGACUGAACUGAGAUGUUGUGGCUUAGUUCUCUGAAUGAGGAGACUUCAUAUGCAACACUAAAUGAAAUCAUAUUGCAUGUGCAACACAGACUACUGGCUAAUCUUGGGGAUACCAGUGGUAUCAACUUCUAAUUUGCAAAUUUGGGUUUUUAAUUGAGCCUUUUCAGAACUUUGCCAUAAUGUAGUCAAAGCCAUGCUGGGCAAAUCCAGGCUGAUGUGCUUAUUGUUCCCAGAAACCUUAGUGUUGCUGUCCUCAAGAGAGACCCUAUUGGCAUCUGCUAAGACCUCCUGCUGCUCAAAUUGUUGUUCUAAAAUUUGAGUGUUUUGGUUUAGUUGAAGAAUUGCCUGUUCUCCCCUCCACACACCCCUACAUUUUAUUUCUUUUGAGAAUUGUGUAUGUGUGUUGUCUCUUUUUGUGGGGGAGGGGGACUCUGAAUAUCACCAGUUUGUGGCUAUUUUGUGGUUGCUAAAAUAGUUUUUGAAGAAGUUAUCUACAGUAAAAUGAAACAGUUCUAAAUUAAUUCAGUUAGAAUUACUUGUUUUCUCAACUUAACAAGUGAUUUGGCAGAUCUUUAGGCUCAACUUGGAAUGGAGCUUUACAAGUCUUAUUAUUAUUAAAACUUAUUAGAUAGCCUGAAGGGAAUACAAUUUGCAUUUGCAGGCAAAAUAUACUUGGCUUUCAGGUCUUUUGAAAGAAACUGUGCACUUGUACCUGUUAAACUGGUACUGAGACUUACUAAAAACUGAUGUUUUUAUCAUUAAACUGUUUCAAAAUGUCUCAUAGGAAGUGGUUUAUAACUAAAUUGGUGAAAUGGUGUUGGCAUAACUGGCGAAAGGAUGUUUUUAAUUACGUCAGUCAAUUCUGAGCAAAAAAACCAGUUGCUGCUUAUAGGGUACAAGGUACUCUGCCAUCCCUAUUAUAUCAAACUGCCAUCUUAAGUAAAAGUUCAUUACUUUCUUGAUCUAGCACUGACACUUAUUUUUCCCCUCUGACAUGAAGUGUUGAAGACCAAAUGGAGCAAUCAUCACGCUACUUCUGGGAUCUGCUAGAAGGCAGUGAAAAAACAGUAGCUGGGACAACUUGUGAGUAGCCUUUAGAUAUUUUUGCAUCUAACGUCUACCGUCUUCAGGCAAAAUACUUCAUAGCAAGAUUGGGAUUAGAACAUUUAUUCCAGUUCAGAAACAUACUUAUAUUGUUCCUUCCAUUGCUUGAAAGAAUUAUUUUCUAGGCCAGUAACUGCUGUUGCCUGGUUAGGGCAACAUAAAUGCAGAUUGUUUAUAACUGUUUAGAGAUCCCUAGCAAGGCCUGUAGUUCCCCAUUGCACAUUUAUGGCAAUAUCCAAUAUGGCAUGAACAAACAUGACAGAACCUCCUCUUCCUUUCCUCUCUCUGCACCCACAAUCUGCUCCAGAAGACUCCCAACUCUCCAGAACAGACCUUGUGUGUGUGCAAGGAAUGCAAAGAGGAAGUACUGCUAGAGGCAUUGUGCUCAGUCUGUUAUCAUGGGUGGGAAGUCAUUUUGCUUAAUAAGCAAGCCACAAUAUUAUGUAGAUGUACUGUACAUGGGAUUGCAUUUAUGUGUUAAGUGUUUAAUAACAGGUGAGUUCCCACAGCUGCAGGAACCAUGUUUUAUCUUGGUAUAUAAUUAAGGUAGACCAGUACAUUUAUGGGUGUGACUACAGGAGAUUUGCUGGAUAGGGAAAUUGGUCUUUUAACCAAUUAUAAGUUCAGCAUCCCUGUGUUUAAGGCAUAUAUUCUUCAGAGUAUAUCUCAGGAUAACUUCCCAAGACUGCAUUAUUAUUUUUUUAAUCUUUGAGGAUAUGACAGUCUUUUACCAAUAAGCAAAUUAGUUCUUGAAAUCAAGGGUGUUCUGUGGAUGUUCUCCGUGUUCACAACUGUAAUUUUCUUUGGUCUUUUGGUUAACUGAAAUGCUUGAAUUACAUUGCCAUUUCAAAGAUCCUCUUAAGCAUUUAGUUUAAAACAUUUCCAAGAAUAUAUUGUGCCAAGAAAAAACGUUUGAUCUUUAUUUAAGAUGAGAUGGUGUCAUAUCCCCAAACUGAAAACUCAUUUUGUGAUCUUUUAAUCUGCUUAACAUUCAACUCUCUGUCCUCUAGAUAAAUACCUGAAGGAUUUGUUAUCUAAACUGUUAAAUUCUGGCUAUUUUGAAAAAACUCCUGCUCCUUCCAACAUACCAGUAAAAGAGGAAUCAAAAGAACUGUCUACAAGACCUGAGUUGUGUGAAGAAAUGCAAAGACCUGAAAGAACAAGACAACCCUCAAAUUCAGAGCAUGUCAGUGAAUCAGGUAAUAUAUUUGUAGAAAUCUUAAAUUCUUAACUGCUGAUACAGUACUUCAGAUGUAUGUCUUAAGUUUUCAUGUCAAUUUAUAUAGCUUAAAUUUUUAGCUAAAUAAGUUAUGUAUAUUCUGCUCUUCACCUUAUUUAGGCUUUAUUGGUGGUUAAAAUCAAUUGUACCACAAUAAUAAAACAGUCCUAGCUGUUUGGGAUUAAUUUUAAACUUUCCUACUAAAUGUAUUUAGUAAGAAAUACAGAAGAAAUUGUGUGACUUCUUACUAUAAUACUAGACAUUAGCAAAUUCUCAAAGAGGUGGUUGCUAGACUAGCCUGAAAUGUUAAGUCAUUUUGUUUGGUGUGUGUCCCCCCCAUCCCCUGCAUAAGUGAAUGUGCUAUGGAUGCUUAGAGAAGUAAACUGUUUUCUAUCAUUUGGCUUUGUGAGAACUUGAAUCUAAGUUAUGCAAUCCUUCUUCCUAGCACCUCAAAUGGAGCACAUUCAGUCUGAGAUACAGCCUCAAGAGGUAAGUUAUUAAAUGAUAUGCUACAGUAGAAGAAAUUAGUGUUAAACUGCAGAAUAGCUUGCUAUAUCAGUGCAGUGAUUCUAGAACUAAAAACUGGAGAUAAUACAGGAAUCUCUUCAGAAAGCUCCACUUGAAGAAAUUUGUAACAAGGCUCCAGCAAAGGCAAUUGCCAAAUGGGAGUCCAUAAAUCCUUUGACUUUGAGACAGGGUGCAGUGAGGUAGAAUUAACAACCAGCUGCCUGUUUAACUUUGAAGGUUUAUGGGCAUAGUCUCUAGCACAAUGUGGAUUUUCUGUGCUAUCACUGUGGUUUUUGAACCAAGCCAUCUACCUUGCUGUGGUCUUAAACAAGGCAUAUUUCUCUCUUUCAAGAAUCCUGGAUAUAAACUAGCCAGGAAGCUACAGCAGAUGUUCUCAAUAAGAGAACCAUAUAAUGAGUAUUCAGGAUGGCACAGUAACAUUUUGUAAAUCUGAAAGCAAGUGUUUUGUCUUUAUGUCUGAAGAUCUCGACGUUUAUUUAUUAAAUUUAUAUACUGCCCUUCAUCAUAAGAUCUUAGGGCGGUUCACUGUCACACAGAUUUACAAACAUUUUUGGAAAUGUACAAUUCAAUCCUGUUGGGUGACUCUUGUACAACAACGUUCUGGCAUGAUUUCAUUUUAAUUGUGCUAGCAAUAAGAUGAGUACUGGUAAAAUACUAAGUUUCUUUGGUUUGUAUAGUUUCUUAAUAGGCACUAUUUGCCUGAAGCUGACUCCCCUAUCAAGAAGCCUGAGGAAUCCAAACCUUGGGAAGUGGAACAUGUUAAAACAAAUGAACCUCCAAAGUCAUGGGAAAUGCUUGUUGACAUGGAAGAGCAGGAGCAGAAGCAGAAACAAGAUUAUGUUAAAACUCUGGAAUCUGUAAGGCAGCAGGGAAAGAAACUGGAACUUUCAAAGCCUUGGGAAGCUCAUCUUAAGGAAGGUGAUGAUGAUCACAAGGAGGAAGUUCUGAAGCCAUGGGUAACUCAGGUUAGAGAACAGCGGGCCUCCCCUAAACACUGGAUGAGCAAAGCGAAGGAAGAGCAGGAACAAAAGCCACAAUGUCCAAAAACAUGGGUUGCUCAAAUAAGGGUGGAAAAACCGGAACCUGUGAAGCUUUGGAGUGCAUGUGUUGGAGAGGAGGAGGAGCAAAAGAAACACGAACCUGCAAAACAAUGGGUAGCACACAUCAAGGAAGAGAGGGAACAAAAAACCCAACCCCCAAAGGUUUGGGAAACAUCUGAGGGACCACGGCAAGCACUUCAGAAGCCAUUACAGAACCCUCCAAAGAUAUGGGGAGCUGGAAAUCUUACCUCAAAGGAACAAUCUGGGCCAAAGAAGCCUGAUUUGGGACCCAGUGAAGUGAGUUGAUAUAAACAAUAGUAUUGCCUGUAGAAUAUUUUUAUACUAAAACUGCAGUUUGGGGUAGUGAUGUAUCUAAAAGUUCAAAGUUUGGGCUUUGUCAAUGGACAGCUUAUUUUUUGCCACAGUAGUCUAACUCUACAUGAAACAGGGUUCUCCGCAAAUAUUUGGACAUGGAAAUAAACUAAACCUAAAGGGGUGUAAAUAGUUUGCUGUUCAGUGAAUUUUUGCCAAGUUCAUAUUUGGAAUGGCAGGGGGGAGAGAACUUAGCAUUGCUGAUCACAAACCUUGAAGAUUCUACAUGUUCAAAAAUGGGGAGUAAUAUAUAAUAGAGGAAUAGAGCAGGGAGGAAUAUAGACAUAGACCUCCAAGUUUGGAUCAGUUUUGGAUUUCUAUAAUUAAAAAAUGAGGGAAGGAUAAUGAAUCUGGAAGGCUUUUUUUAACCUACAUGACAGGGUUGGUAGGAUUAAAGGAGAAGGUAAGGGUAGCCAAUGGGUCUCAACCCCUUGGUGAGUUAGGGACUUCCCUGCAUGCAAAGACAGUCUCUGCAGAUUGAACAAACAAGACUAAUAGUGGGUCCAACAGUCAAAGUGGUUUCUGCUUGUGCUAUAGAGGGAAGUGAGUGGCAGGUAGGGCUCACCAACCUUAUCAAUCAGCUGAGAUCCUUCUGUAGGACUGAUCUCUACUUAAUUAAUUUGUCAAAACAUAUUUCUAAAUGCUUUUCAAUAUAGAAAUAAGAGCUCAGACUGAAGUUUGAUUCUGACAUGAAACAAGUGGUUACAGUAAAAUGCCAUUAGGUAAUGGGGCUUUGAAAAGUUAGCUAAUCUGAUACUUUGUGUAGAACACGGAGUCUGUGGUGUAUUUAUGUAAAAGUUGUACAUUGCUAAGUCAUAUUAUAAUAAUCUAAUACAUGGAAUUCUUAUUUUACAUAGGAUGAAAAGACAGAUGGAAUGAAUGAAGGAGGCAUUGAUGCUACGUCUGUUGGAGAACCUUGUAAACUACCUAGGAGCUUUGAAAACAGCCUUCAGGUUUGCUUUCUUGGUCAUACUGAUCAUAGGAAAUGCUUCAAAAUGCUUAAACUUAGAAUCUUGAGAACAGCUGGAAUACUUCCUGUGUGAAGUAUCCACUUUGAAUCUUCCCAGGGAAAGGAGAAUUUGAAACCAAAGAAAAACUGUUUAAGUUGUUACAUAGGGCCAUGGCUCAGUGGUAGAGCAUCUGCUUUGCAUGCAGGAGGCCACAGGUUCAAUUCCUGGCACCUCUGGGUUGGACUGGGAAAAGACCCUUGUCUGAAUUCCUGGUGGGCUGCUGCCAGUCAGUGCAGACAUUACUGAGAUAGACAGAACAGUGGUCUGCCCUCUGUAAGGCAGCUUCCUAAGUUCUGAGUGUCUCAGGAAUCAAUUCAUAGCCUUAGUAGUAGAUCAGUGUUUAAAAAUCCGGACAUUUUUAAUUUUAAUAUCAGGAAGAGGUCUACUUCAGGAAAGGUAUGAAUGGACCUCCUGUUAAAAUAGUAACUUGACUUCAGCACCAACAAAGCCUUUAAUCCAGGGGUCAGCAAACUUUUUCAGCAGGGGGCCGGUCCACUGUCCCUAAGACCUUGUGGGGGGCUGGACUAUAUUUUGAAGGGGGAAAAAAAAAGAACGAAUUCCUAUGCCCCACAAAUAACCCAGAGAUGCAUUUUAAAUAAAAGGACACAUUCUACUUAUGUAAAAACACGCAGAUUCCUGGACCGUCCAUGGGCUGGAUUUAGAAGGCGAUUGGGCCGGAUCCGGCCCCUGGACCUUAGUUUGCCUAUCCAUGCUUUAACCCAUACAGUAGCAUACUGGAAAAAGCACUCUGGGAAUCUUGCCUACUCUGAAUAGUUCAACUAACAUUUUCCUCAGCGAUUAUUAUUAUUAUUAUUAUUAUUAUUAUUUAUUUAUUUAUUAUUAGGCACCUAAACCUGUUCAUCAACCAGUUGCAGAGUUUUGCUCUACUAGUCUUCCAAAGGAUCCAAUAUUAAGAAGGGAAAGACUACAAGACCUGAUGACUCAAAUACAAGGGACCUAUAAUUUCAUGCAAGUAAGUUGUCCUGGAUAACAUGGAGUUUGGGGGAGUAUGAUAGGUACCUAAUGGAUGGUGAGCGCAAGGAAAAAAUGAAAAGGAGGGCAUCAGUUGGUGUUAAGGUCUCAGGUAUUUUAAUGGCACAUGUUUUUAAUUGCUGAAGGCAAUUUUCAGAGGUUAAAAUGCACCACGAAACAUGUAAACUUUUAUUCAUCUCUGAAUAGAUUAUUGUUUUUUUCAAGAGUGCAAGACUUGUAACUUUUUUGUUUUUAAGGAGUCUUUACUGGAUUUUGAUAAACCUUCACAACGUGCCAUUUGUUCAUCACAAGCACCUUCAGUUGAUUCCACAGGUAAUCAUAAUUGUGGUUAAUGGUGAACAAGGAAGAUCCUAUUUUGUUUCAUGUUCUAGGAAUCUCUUAUCACUUUCAUAAAGCAGAAAAGACUGGCAUAGCAACAAAUUAUUAAAUCUAUGUGACAAAGAUGUUCGAUAGGUGAGAUUAAUACUUCAUGGUAUAUCUUAGAAGUAUUGUAUGCAAACUUUAAUUUAAAUUCAAUUUUUGUUGUUGUUACAACCAUUAUGGUCACUUCAACCACCACCAGAAAUAAAUAAAUAGACACACUAUACAGAUUGUGCAGAGAUAUACUGUUAAAAAAGAGAUAAACUUUAAUUUAAUUCAUUAUUUUCUUAAAGCCUCUAUUUCUAUUAAGCAGUAAAUUGUGAAACACAUUUUCUUAAAUUACAUUGCAUCCAAAAUUUUGCUUGAUACUGGAGCAGAACUUAAUUCUUCCUGUUAGAAAUUUCUUCAAAAGUUUUAUCUUUGAAUUUCACUUUUUAAAACUUUGAAACUUGGGCCUUGAUCUUGACACAAAUAGUCACUAAAUGAGAACUAAUUCUCUUAAAUGUAAAACCUCAAGUGAGAUUUUCUGUUGGUCCUACACAUACUGGAUGGUUAGAGAGUGUAUGGGAAAUUGUAUUGUCUGAGCAUCUGACUUUACCACUGCAGAUAUUUUGAAAUAGUAUAGUUUCUAUUUACAACUUUAAUAACCAACAAUAUUGUAUUGUACAAAACUCCAAUGACUCAUACAUCACUAUAGAGGGAGUAUUUACCUCCCUUCCUCCCAGCAGACUCUUUGGUUGGCCUAGACAUGUCUCGGACUGUCCCCUUUCUCAGCUGAUGUUUUGUUGUUGUUGAUGGCUUGUGAUUUGAUUUCAUUCAGAUGUCAACUCUGGACAGUCGCUCCAUAUUUAUUACUUAAUAUAAAGAUGAACAUAUUGUAAACAACCUCUGUACUCCACUCAGUCACAGUUAUUAUGGUUUUUAUUUUAUUUUGAUUUGUACAUCUUGCUGACUUUUUACAACUCCAUUUUCAAGUAUCAGUAAACAUACUUAUAUAUUUAAAUAAAAGCUUAUAUGUUAGCAUUGUCUUAAUAGAUUAUCUAGCAUCAGGCAUACAAUGGUGGUAGUUCAACUCUGAUAUUUGAAGAGCAGUUUCAUGUGUAGAAAGGGCAUAACCAAAUGUUCCCAUAUUUUGUAGCACCUAAUGAACAACUUUCAAGCCAAAAUGAUUUCCCUGAGGAACCGGUUCAGGUAAGAGUGGUAAGCCAUUUGUCACAAUGCAUGUCAAACAUGCAUUGAUUAUUUGGAAUGUAUUUUUGUAUCUUGACUGCAUAAACUGCCUUGAGCAGGCAUCCCCAUCUGGAGGCCCUCCAGAUGUUUUGGACUACAAUUCCCAUCAUCCCUGGCCACUGGUCCUGUUAGCUGGGGAUGAUGGGAGUUGUAGGCCAAAACAUCUGGAGGGCUGCAGGUUGGGGAUGGCUGGCCUUGAGUAACUUUCUAAAAAGAUGGGGGUAUAAAUGUGGCUUGCCAUUUUGGCUUAAACAGUUUUUAGGAGGCACAGUGGCUAGGACCUAAAGAACCAUGCAGCUUGUUCCAAGAGAGUAGUGGGGCUUUUGAUGUGUGUGCCAUGCAACUUGGAUGCAUUCCGCAGGAGUGGGAGGCAGGUACUGGACGAUCUGCAAGUGAGAGCUCUCCUCUCUCCAACCCAGUGGGGGGGGGGGGUUUGCAAGUAUAAUUACUCUCAAAUUAUCCUUAAUUGGCUGCAUGCCCAGGGUCUGCUAUUGUGGGAACCGCUGUUCACCAUGGCAGCAAAAACUGGAAGUCCUAAGUAAUAUUUUCAAGAAUUUUUUCAAACUAUGAAGUCUACUGUACAUUACAUUAUAUAUUACAUUGUAUAUCCCUCUAUUGACAGGUUGCUGCUUCUCCCAUAGCCUUGCACGGCUCAAUCACCUCCUUAACUUCUGACAAUACACUGUCUGGAUCAGAAACUGAACUUGCGACACCACAGGUUACUGAUUGUUCUUUAGAGUUUGCCCUUGAUCCUGAUUAACUUGUUGCCCUCUAAUGAGGGGGUGCCUAUUUCUGACCUUCAUUCGUUUGGUAUUUCUGAGAAAUGGGGCAGGCACACAUUGGGAGCAGCUUAUGCCAGGUGAUACUGAAUGUGACAGGUUGGUGUGCAGCAAAUGCUGGUGUGGCUUUGAGAAAAGUCCCUACUGGGAGAAGGCAUAUCAAACGAAGCCAACUUCCCCCCCCCCCCCCGCUGUUGUACUGUCAAGGAGGAGCAAAGCAGGGUCUUGAGUAGUAUGAACCAACAUGCCGUUUGUUCACAUUAAGGCAUAGUUUAAAGUUAACAGCGGUUUUAUGUGAUGUGUGAACCAGGCUUGGAAUUUACCCAUAUGUAUCCCUAUAACAGAGUUUUUACAUUUACAAGAUAACACUUCAGUAAAUUGAAAUUCUGAUAAUAUAAACUUGAACAGUUUUCAGUAAGGCAAAUUAUUCAAUGAAACUGAGCUGACCACCCUGUCUAUCUAUCAAAAAAUAGGUGGGUUGGCCCUGGGACUCUUUGAAGCAUUCUUCCCAAAUAAAUAUAUUUGCUUAAUUAUAAUAUAGUUAGAUAUACAGUGGUACCUCGGGUUACAUACGCUUCAGGUUACAGACUCCGCUAACUCAGAAAUAGUACCUCGGGUUAAGAACUUUGCUUCAGGAUGAGAACAGAAAUCGUGCUCCAGCGGCAGCAGGAGGCCCCAUUAGCUAAAGUGGUGCUUCAGGUUAAGAACAGUUUCAGGUUAAGAAUGGACCUCCGGAACGAAUUAAAUACUUAACCCGAGGUACCACUAUUGCUUGGAAGUUAAAUGAUUGUAGUAUCUGAAGAUGUAGCUUGAUCUUGCAACUGGUACUUUGCCAAUUAAGAUACAGCUCUAGUUGUGUUAUACAAGGGAAACUGAAAACCAGAAUAUGUCAAUUUACAGUGCUAAAGCUACUGAUAGCUAUUGAAUAAGGAAGUGACUAUUAUCAUUUUUUGCAAACGAUAUGAAUACUUAACAGCUUGCUUGUAGUUGAAACAACAGGGAAUUCACUUCUAGUGAAUUUGCACUAACUUCAUUCCUCUUAGGUGAUAUUUGGUGGGGAAGGAAAUUAAGUGAAAUACAACAGUUAUUUGAUGCAUGCAGUAUUGACUGAGAAGCAAAUGUAUUUUUGCCAGUUGGUCAUUAUGGUGGAAUGAUGUAAGGGUUGCAGCCUUGGAUUCAUUUCAGAGUUUACCUAACUUCAAUAUUGAUAUCUAGGCCUGUAGUAAGAGGAUAUACUUUCUGUAAUAACUGAGUCCCAGCAUCUUCCAAAAUACCAUGCGUAAUCUGGGCACACUUUCUUGCAAGCAUUUAUUUCCAUUUUAAGUAACUAGUAACUAUCUGGUUAUGUCUCUAGACAUCUGUUACAAAUUCUCAAGAGUCUGAGAACUUCAGUCCACCUCACUCCUUUUAUCAGAUAAGCAAAGAGAUUGGUGAAGUAUUAAAGCCUAAAAAAUCUGAAAUUUCUCAGGUGAGUUUGACACAUACUGUAAGAAUUUGACUGAUAAGAAAGUGUGCCGUUAUUGCAGGGGUGGUAAAUAUUGUUCCCUUGAUAUGUUGGCCCCAGCUGGCAUGGCUGGUCAAGGAUGAUGAGAGUUGUAGUCCAACAGCAACUGGAGGGGGACCAUGUUUGCUAUCCCUUUGCUAUAUAAUGUUGAUCUCUGAAAAUGAAAACUAGUAAGUUUUAAAAUGCGAGUUCAUUGCCAUAAGGAUCUCCAUCAUGUUAAACUUCUGUAUGUAAAUGUUUGAAGUGGUAACACAUCUAGCUCAAACAUGUUUGACAUAGUCAGCAGAGACUAAUGGAAAUUCCAAAUGCACAGCAAGAGCAAACGAAGUAGAAGUUAUUCUGUUCUUUGAUAUGCCCAAUCAUUGGCUUGCAGAAACUGCUGGUGUUUUGACAGCAUAGGGUUUAACAGUGUAAAUGGCUUUCCCAUUGGCAUGACAAUAGAAUAUUACUAUUUUUUCCUUCAAGGUUCCUAUUCCUCUUUCAAGUGAAUUAGAGACAUCAUUGACUCCAUCAAGAACUACCAUGUCACCAGUACCCCAAGGGAAGGGUUUCCAGUCUCCUUCCCCAAGUAGUAGUGUUAGCAUGAAAGCACCUCCCUUUCAGGCUGUGCAGAUUGUAAGUACAUUGGCUGUCUAGGUGAAUGCAAUUAGAUGGGAGGGCAAAAGCUAGACAUAAACAAGGAGAAGCUAAAUCCAGGGUCUCCUCAGAAACAACAGAGCACCCUGUAUAAUAGAGGAUACAUGUUUAGUAGGAACUAUUAUUUUUAAGCAGAUGCAGAUGUAUUUACUACAAGUUUACAAGAGAAGCAUUCCCUGAAGGGAUCCCUUUAUUUUUUGCAUGCUUACAGCUGCAUUUAGACCUAAUAAUACAAUUGCUGUUUUACAGUUCCUACUUGAAGUUCUGCAGCUUUGAGACUAGAACCCCUGUGAAUAAGGAGUACCAGUCUUAAUACUUAGUUGAAAUUAAUUGCAAAUUCCUGGUAGAAUGUGAUAUGGCCAUGGCACCAGACACCCCCACUCCAGCGUAAAUGGAAAAUACUUAAAUUUCUACUCUGUGUAGACUACACAGCACAAGAUGGGGCAGACUUGAUAAUGCAUGUGGCCUAUAGAAACACUGUAAAAAUAGCCCUUUUUUGCAUAAUUGUGUGUUGUGUUGCAGGUGUUCAAAGUGAAUGCGCCUUUACCACCUCGCAGGGAGCGGGAUAUAAAAGAGAACUCUUUGCAUCCUACAGGAUAUAAUCAGAAUUUUUGUACAGCAAGUACACAGACUCCACCCCAGUGUAAACCACAGUCUACUCAAAAUGUUGAACAAACUGCUUUUUCUCAAGAUGCAUUGCCAAAUGGUAAGGAAAACCUCAGUGCAAGAAUGGUAAUGGGGACAUCAAGAGUGUGACGCGGCAGCUAAAAAAGCCAAUGCAAUUCUGGGCUGCAUCAAUAGGAGUAUAGCAUCUAGAUCAAGGGAAGUAAUAGUGCCACUGUAUUCUGCUCUGGUCAGACCUCACCUGGAGUACUGUGUUCAGUUCUGGGCACCACAGUUCAAGAAGGACACUGACAAACUGGAACGUGUCCAGAGGAGGGCAACCAAAAAUUGUCAAAGGCCUGGAAACGAUGCCUUAUGAGGAAUGGCUAAGGGAGCUGGGCAUGUUUAGCCUGGAGAAGAGGUUAAGGGGUGAUAUGAUAGCCAUGUUCAAAUAUAUAAAAGGAUGUCACAUAGAGGAGGGAGAAAGGUUGUUUUCUGCUGCUCCAGAGAAGCGGACACGGAGCAAUGGAUCCAAACUACAAGAAAGAAGAUUCCACCUAAACAUUAGGAGGAACUUCCUGACAGUAAGAGCUGUUCGACAGUGGAAUUUGCUGCCAAGGAGUGUGGUGGAGUCUCCUUCUUUGGAGGUCUUUAAGCAGAGGCUUGACAACCAUAUGUCAGGAGUGCUCUGAUGGUGUUUUCUGCUUGGCAGAGGGUUGGAUUCGAUGGCCCUUGUGGUCUCUUCCAACUCUGAUUCUAUGAUUCUAGUACAACUUGAUUGAUUCCUCAGUAAUAGGGGUGCCUUACAAUAUUUAACCCAAAUGAUUUCAAGGCACUCUGCUAGUGGCUAUAAAAGCAGAAGUAGAAAAGGACUGAAGAGUGAUGACUUGGCAGUAUCCAACUGCCCAUCUCCAAGGAAACAUGAUCUUAUCUGACACGUAGUGAAAAAAUUGUACUGUGCUGGCUGGGACUGUUUCUUUAACAAUACCCUACGGAGGAUAAACCUAUCAGUAGUCAAUAGCCACAGUGGUUGUGUCCUGCCCCCACUGUCAUAGCAUGCCUCUGAAUACCAGAGUAGUUGCUGGAAAUCUCAGGUGGAGAGAGCACUAUUAUUCACAUGCCCUGCUAGGACAAUAGGUAGACAUCUAGUUGGCCACUGUGAGAACAGAAUGUUGAACCAAAAGGGCCUUUGGCCUGAUUCAGCUGCAAUCUUACACCCUUAAAUCUUCCUGGGCCAGGUGAAGAUUUUCUUAGGCUUUCAACUUUUGUUGCUCUUUUUUUUAACUUUGGCUACUUAUGUUUUCUACUGCAAACUGUCCUAUAUUUGAGGGGGUGGAGUAUAGAUUUAAAUUCUAAAAAUAAGUCCAAAUUAUUGAUGUGACAGCCUUUGAUGAAGUAAAGUAUUGUUGGAAAUAACUGCAUUAACUACUUGUUAUGAUAAACAUGAUUAGAUUUUCAAGGAGGCAGGUGGAUAACAUAUCUGUAAAACUUUAGUUUGUUAAAGCUCUAGAAGUGGUUUGGUUAAUUGUAACUGCCAGUAAUAGGGGAGAUCAUUCUAGCUGUUCAAAAUAAAGACUUGCAAACUAUCUUGAAAGUCUUUAGCUGCUAAAGGUUGGGUGAAGGAAUAAGGGAAACUCCUGCUUUUAUGCAGAAAAUUAUAAGGCUAUUUUUAAAGUACCUGGUUGAGAGAGCUGUUCCUGUAAGCAAUGGUAUUCUCACCUUUUAUGCAGCACAGACGCCCACUUUCUCUAGACCACCUCAACCUUUUGUCACAAGCCGUGGAUCGGUCAGAGGCACCGUUCGAGGUGGAAGGUCAGCAACCAAUUCAUAUCGCUCUCCUGGUGGCUAUAAAGGUAUGUAUGGUUUCUGUGGAAAUACUUACCAGUGGAUAUAUCUUAACAUUGUACAAGUAGAAUAUAGUUGGCCAAUACAAAAAACCACAUAGUAAAGGGCAACAUUCAAACUGCUGAACUUUAAAACUUUAUUAGCUCAUGGUUGUUGUUUUUUAAUAGUAAGACAUAUUGGGUUGGAUCAAAGCUGUGUUAGCAGUUAGUUGCUUGAGCAACAGGGUUUCCUAGUCUCUCCUCUGCUGUAACGCCGUGUUCCCUGAAGUCUCUCAGUUGGGACCUUUCAUUAAAGUGUGGCUGCAGCACAGAGGCUGAGGUUAGAAUGGAGUCAAAUGCUAAAAUUGGUAAGUGCACCAUGCACAAAUAGAAGGAGGGAAGUCCCAUUUCAUGAGCAGCCAUCUGCCUGUGCAUCUGUGCAUCAAACCCUUUCGUGGUGCUCUGUUGUAAGCUGCUUGAUAACUUAAGGUUGAAAAGGCAGGCACUCAACGGGCAACUUUCAAGUGCCUAAAUAAGAUAUCUAUGAAGUUGAUCCAUUACUUUAAAAGCAGGGGGUUGUUUUUUAAGCUGUUUUUUUUUAAAGAAUUUUAUUUCUUUGAGAAGAAUUGUUUAUUGCAUAUGUUACAAUAUAACUCCGUACAUAUCAACCACAAUGUUAGUCUUGUUUUUUUAAGUGACUUUCACCAAAUAGUAGUAUCAUGUGAAAAGGAAGAAACUUGAGCCAAAAGAUCAAAUGCAGUAUUUGUUGUCCAUAUCUAGUUGGAUUUUGACCUCAACAAGAAACACUCAUGUAUUUGGUUGGUGGUAAUUCCGGGAUGCUAUUUGGUAUAGCAAACUAGGUGAAUAUCAGUUUAAGUGUUAAUGACCCUAAAUAACUUUGGUUGUAAGCAUGUGCUCAAACUGAAGUCAGAUACAUAGUUACUGAGCAUUGCUCCUUUGCCUGAAAAUGCUGGCUGCCAAAGUGAGUCAUAAACUCCUUAAUUUUCUAACACAGGAAGAGUUCUCUAACACUGUAAUUACUAGAUAAACUUCCUAGUUACUCUUUACCCAUAAAACAAAGUUAUGACAUAAGAGUCGGAACCUCUCAGUACUCAGCAACGUAUUGGGUAUUUGACCUGCCCCUAGGAGGGAACUACCAGAGUUCUCCAAUGCGUUACGGGAUGACACGGAGAUCAAUCUGUCAAAUCAUUCUAGUUCUUAAAGCAAAGAUUUCAUAUUUUGUUCAGCAGGUUUUGAAGUUUACAGAGGAUCACCUUCUGUUCCUAAUGGCCUUUAUAGCCAAAUGCAUCUUCCUGGCAGAGAUUAUCCUUCAGUGCAGUAUCCUCACAGGGUAAUUAUUCUGGAAGACUUUGGCUUUGCGAAAGUAUACAUGACCCUUGGUGGUGGUGUCCUGGAUUCUGCUCAGGAAUAAAGAACAAGUACUUAUUUGCACAUAGUCAGGUUAAUGGUGCUUUGCAAAUUUGACUUACCAGACUGAGAGGAGUAUUGUAAUGUAUCAUUUAGUAGGGACUAAUUUUAAUUGAAAUGCCAUCUAGAAAGGGCUGAAUAUAUUCAGUAUUCAUGCUUCCCAUCCUAACUCUGAGAACAUGACUUACGUUUAUAUCUCUCAAGUUUAUUGGGUUAAUGCAGGCAUUGCCAAACUUGGCCCUCCAGCUGUUUUAGGACUACAACUCACAAAAUCCCUUGCUAACAGGACCAGUAGUCAGAGAUGAUGGAAAUUGUAGUCCCAAAACAGCUGGAGGGCCAAGUUUGGCCAUGCCUGGGUUAAUGUGUGUGUCAUGGAGCUAUCUUUGAGUUCCCAGUGUGCUGAUGGAUAGCUACAAUGGUAUUACAACUUGCUCCACUUUCAAGGAAUAUACACUCAUAUCAAUUUAAUAAAGCACAUUCAGUCAGCUGCAGUGAUACUGGAGCAAGGGUUGGCCAUGAGAGGUGUCCAAGUGGAUUAUGACCCCUCCUAUUGCUUUGAAGGCAGGAAAGAUUUGAUCAUAUUCUUUCUCCUGGAGUCCUCUCCCAAUACUACUCAGGAGUGGGUGCCCCUGGAGCACUGCUCCUGACUGGAGCUAUCCUCCCAAAGGAUGGAGAUGCAUAGUUGAGGUGUGCAUCAAAGUGCCAUGCAGUCACACCACCCUAAAACAUAUACCUAAGGCCACUGGUUUCCCCACCUGGAGGUAUCCACAAGGGCAUCAAUGCACUAUAAAAACUGCCUUUUGAGCUCCCUUGGUCAGUCAAUUAGUGUGCUUUUUCUCAUGGCCAUCACAACAGUCUGGAGAAUCUUGGAACUCAGUGCUGUUGCCAGCAAUGACCACCGGUGCAAUAUUCUGUACUGACCUGACCUUCGUUCCUAAGGGCAGCUUGUCUUUCCAUGGAGCACAGUAACCGGUUCUCCUCAUCCAACUCUUAAACCAUCUCACCUCUCUGAGUGGGCCUGGCAGAAGCUGAAUGUCUGGGUCCUCAAGAUCAACAUUCCCACACAAUUGCCUUUACGCAAAACAGUAUCUUAUGUCCUUUGCCUAACUACAGUAGGGGAAAGGCUUUAAUUCAAUCCUAGUGGCUAAAGACUUGCAUUCUGUAUUCUAUGAGUGAUUACACCUGCCAGCACCAUGACACACUACACAUUGGCAGCCUUUCAUACACCACAUUUCAUACACCACACUAGGCCACAUUUCAUACACCAUUGCAAGUUGGACAUACAUGCUUCAGAAUAUUUUUUUUACCUUCUAGCUAGCCUUUUUUUCUUGAAAGUUCAGCUUUGGAAACCAGUAGGUCCAGGCCACACUGUUUUAUUCUUUUCCUCCUCGUCUUCGUUCUUCAGUGCACGCUCUGUCUCUCACACUGUCUCAUAUUACAAAGUUGUUUCGGCAUCACCUCUGCCUUGGAACAGAACCACACCAGUAGAGAAAGGGGGGAAAUCUGAUCAUGUUUCCUUCCUUCUGAGCAAUAGAAGGAAUCAUAACCCACUUGGACACCUCCCACACCCAAUAAGAAGUAACAUUCAUGGCGGCGUGUACUGCACCAACGUUCUAAUUUAAAAGUAUAGGUGCGUAAUAUGCAUCCUGUUGAUGCUGGUAGAAAUUUAGUAUGUUGGACUAACUACUUCUGAUGUCUACUAAGCAGCAAUAAACUUCAAUGCUGGUACAGUGGUACCUCGGUUUUCGAAUGUCUCAGAAGUCGAAUGUUUCGGUUUUUGAGUGCCGAAAACCCGAAAGUAACUGCUUUGGUUUUCGAAUGCUUUUUGGAAGUCGAACAUGCCACACAGCUUCCAUAUUGAGUUUUCCUGAAGUAAAUGCUUUAGUUUUUGAACGUUCGGAACUUGAACGUUCUUCUGGAACAGAUUACGUUCAAAAACCGAGGUACCACUGUGUAGCAAUUUUCUUUUCUCUCUCCCCUUCCCCAUGAAGUAGAUGUUAUAUGGCUGUAAAUAUUGUCUGGAGGUGCUUGACUAAACAGGAACAAAUAUUUGUGUUCUCCUAGGAUUUGAAUUACCAGCAGAACUAUAAGCGAGGUGGUAUUAGUAGUGGCCGGGCAACCUCAAGGGGUAAGUUUACUUCAAACAUUGCUUAAAAUGCAGUUCUGUCCUAGAUAUUAUUUAAUACCUGAAAUAAAACAACAUAGGGCUGCAUACAAUAAUCGGAUGUGCUUUCACCGCAUAUGUUUUUUGGCUGGAAUCAACUGUCUUAUGCAACAUAUGGGCUCCAUUUCUGCUCACAAGAUGAAUCUAAUUCUUUCUGGCCCAGGAACAUGAUUUGUAGAGCUAUUAAAAAUUGAUGAUGGGGAAGGGGAGAGUUGUCAUUUCAGUUGAGUUAGCCUGCUCUCCUUGAUGGAGGAGAGAAGAUCAUGUCUCAUCAUUUGCCAAAGUAAGGAGGAUUGGUCAAAUAUCCCAGCUUUGUAGUAGAUCCUGGGAUUUGUUCUUGUCUUAUUUUUAUUCAAUACUUGGCUUUUAACUGUGAGAGGUUUUCUCAGCUGUGGUACUUUCACCAUGAGAGAUCUCCCUCUGCCUUCUCUGGUGGAUGGGGAGUUGCCCAUCACUGGGUGUCCUGUUCCAUCUGUAAAGGAAACUUUAUGGAAAGGCAGUGUUCUCUCUCUGCCUUCUCCAUACCUCAGAGUCAUAUGAGCAAAAAGAACUAGAAAAUAUUCUCUAGAGCAGGGGUAGUCAGCCUUUUUAUACCUACUGCCCACUAAUGCAUCUUUCUUGAUGGUAAAAUUUCCUUACCGCCCACCAGUGCUCAAUGCAAGGAGGAUUCAGUUUGUGCCGUAGAACCCCCUACCACCCACCUAGAAUCCUGACAUGCACACUAGUUGGCCUUUGGGACCAGGUUGUCAACCUCUGCUUGAGAGAAUCCAAGACUAGCUUAAAUAAACAGUUCAGAGCAACCAUUUCACUGUAACUAUUGUCUCAAGCCAGUAGUAAGCCCACUUUAUACACAGGUGAUUUAAAGUAGGCCUAAUGGUUUGUUCAGAUUAUCAAGGAGAAGUACUGAAGUUGUUCCUCCAGUCUAGCCAUAUUAGCAGCUUGGUGCAGAGUUUAUAAAAUCCUUAAAGCUUCUGUAUUUUAGGUUACAGACAAGAAAACAGACAGGAAGAGAAUUGCUCAUCAGGUAGAGCUCGAGGUAGAACUCGUGUUAGAGAAUACUUCAGAAGAAGGGAAUUGAGGAAAACUGAGAGAAAUGGGAAGGAAGCAGAGUCUGAAAGCAGUCUUGUGGCCACGAGGAUGCAUCAGUUCAGUUAGUGUUGAUUAACAGUUCAGUUGAUAUUGGUAACUUGGUUUUCUAUACUAAAUAAACACACAUUUAUAAGAUAUGUCCUUUCUUGGUAGUAAGAAUAUUGCACCCUCCAAAAUGUGUUUUCUGUUAACUAGAUAUUUAAGUAUUUGUCUUGAUUUCCAAGGUGAGCAUGUAGCCACUGCUUAUUCACCAUAAACAUAAUAGUAGAACUAUUGCAUUGUCAUCUUAACCUCUGCUACUCUUUCUGGGUGAAGAGAAGCUUGAAUCAUUUCAACGCUAAGCUUGCUGUGGAAGUGCACUUGUUACAUAUCUGACACACACAUUCAGUUUUCAGAGUAAGGAGGUGGGAACGCUGUUUGAGUUAAGAGAAAAUCUGGACUUGCAGCAUGCUGAUAGACUGGCCCUUGUGUUUGCCAGGAAGCAGCUCUGCUUUUUUCAGAGCACAGCACCAGCUGCUGUCAGUCAGGGAGCCACUGUGUGUUUUGGAGGUUAUCUUGCCAUGAGUGGAAGAUUUUUAAAAUACUGAACAAAUACUGGAGCAGGUGAGCAUGGGGUGGGGAGAAUGAAUAAAGCACAGCAACCAAAGCAUAGCUGGCUUGCAGCAGCAUGAGGAACACACUCAGUCCAGAGGCUGUAUAUUUGUUGGUUGAGUGAAGCUGGAGUUGCUUUGCAGCUGAGAAACCCACACCCACGCCUCUCUAACAUUGUAUUCAUCUCCACACUCACUUUGAAGAAAAAUGAUUAAAAACUUGUAAGAACUAGGUACAAGUCUAACUGGGAUCGGUCUAGUCACUAAUACACAAGGUCUUUUUUAACGACUGCUUGAAACAUGCAAGCUUGAACAAACGAGUGCUAGAAAUACUGAAUUUAAGGUUACGUCAGAACUAACCAUUGCUCAUAAUCUUCAACAACAGGAUGGAGCGAUUCUUCUCAGGUGAGCAGCCCAGAACGUGACAGUGAGACUUUUGACAGUGGGGACUCUGGGCAGGGUGACUCACGCAGCAUUACUCCUGUUGAUAUGCCAGUGACGAGCCAAGCAACCACCUUUGUACCUGUGCACAUCUAUGCCUUCCCACAGCAAGUCAGAGCUGCCUUUUCGGCUAGUAGAACUUCUAACUUUACUCCUGGAACUCUAGACCAACCUAUUACAUUUGACUCCCUGUUACACAAUCUUGGUGAAGCCUUUAAUAUCCAUCUUGGUAGGUUUAGUUGUCCUGUGAAUGGUACUUAUGUGUUCCUCUUCAAUAUGCUGAAGUUGGCUGUGAAUGUUCCGCUGUAUGUGAACCUGAUGAAAAAUGAAGAGAUUCUAGUAUCUGCAUAUGCCAAUGAUGGUGCUCCAGAUCAUGAGACUGCUAGUAAUCAUGCAGUCCUCCAGCUUUUUCAGGGAGACCAGAUUUGGUUACGCCUCCAUAGAGGAGCUAUUUAUGGAAGUAGUUGGAAGUACUCUACAUUCUCAGGAUUUGUGCUGUAUCAAGACUGAAUACUAAUGUUAACAAUAGAUCUGCUCUAAACAAUUUGGUGAAGGAAGGUGAAAACUGGGAAGACUCGUUUUGCACUGCACAUUAACUGCUUAAAACACACCCACAUAAUUCUGAAAUGGGAUAUGGUGAACUGUCUUGCUAUGAGAUGGAGUUGGGUCAGCACAAAUGUGGCACUUUAUCAGUUUUGAUGUAGUCUUGAUAGUAAAGCUGUGAAUGUAUGUUUGCUUUUCUCCCUGAACUGUAAUUAUCAGCUUACUACACUGCUCAAAAUUUGCCUCAAGUCUAGGCUAUUCACAAUGCCUUCUGCCUCAAUAAAAAAAUAUGCCUUAGUA